GGCUCGGCGCCGAGCGGGGAGGACCGGAGCUCCGGGAGCGAGUGCCUGUCUCUUUAAAUGCCAGGGGCUGCGCUCCCGCUCGGGCGCCGGGAGCCGGAUCUACAAUCCCGUCCCUCCGGCUCCGGCGCUUGUUGCUCGCCCGGCCCGAGCGGGAGCCGCCGCCGCCGCCGAGAAGCGAGGUUGCCGCCCGCUCUGCGCGCCCCACCUCUUCGAGAGCUGUGUACAGCGGGGCGCAGCGCUAGUCGGGCGAGCGGCGCUGGGUGAGCAGGCAGCGUCACCCCCGUCCCGAUCUGCAAGUCUCGGGGCGCUCGAGCCGCGGGGAAGACAUGCGUCGCUGCUCCACGCCCAGCCCGGCCGCCGCCCGCGCCAGGAGGGGAGCGAGUGCGAAGCCCGUACCUGCAGACUCGCCCUAGACGUCCCGGGGUGCGGCGGGGCCCCCUCGCGCGCGGCCUGCACCUCUCCGCCGCGAGUCGGCGCAGGUGGCCUCAGCCCCUGUACGGGGACCUGUGCCAAUGACCCUAGGGGUAGUUUCGCUUUCUCUCGCCGCCGCGUGAGCCGGAGUCCACAGCGUGAUGGGCAACCAGGUGGAGAAACUGACCCACCUAAGUUACAAAGAAGUUCCCACGGCCGACCCGACUGGCGUGGACCGGGACGACGGGCCCCGCAUCGGGGUCUCCUACAUCUUCUCCAACGAUGAUGAGGACGUAGAGUCCCAGCCUCCGCCCCAGGGGCCCGAGGGUGGCGGGAUGCCCGACUGCGGCGAUUGUCCGCAGCCCCCUGCCCCGCAGCCCUACGACCCGCGGCUGCACGAGGUGGAGUGUUCCGUGUUCUACCGGGACGAGUGCAUCUACCAGAAGAGCUUCGCGCCGGGGUCGGCGGCCCUGAGCACCUACACACCCGAGAACCUGCUCAACAAGUGCAACCCCGGCGACCUGGUGGAGUUCGUGUCGCAGGCACAGUACCCGCACUGGGCAGUGUACGUGGGCAAUUUCCAGGUGGUGCACCUGCACCGGCUGGAGGUGAGCAACAGCUUCCUGACCGACGCGAGCCAGGGCCGCCGCGGCCGCGUGGUCAACGAUCUAUAUCGCUACAAGCCGCUGAGCCCCAGCGCGGUGGUGCGCAAUGCGCUGGCGCAUGUGGGCGCCAAGGAGCGCGAGCUCAGCUGGCGCAACUCUGAGAGCUUUGCCGCCUGGUGCCGCUAUGGCAAGCGCGAGUUCAAGAUCGGAGGGGAGCUUCGUAUAGGCAAACAGCCCUACCGCUUGCAGAUUCAGCUCUCGGCGCAGCGCAGCCACACGCUGGAGUUCCAGAGCCUGGAGGAUCUGAUCAUGGAGAAGCGGCGCAAUGACCAGAUCGGACGUGCAGCUGUGCUGCAGGAGCUCGCCAUGCACCUGCACCCCGCCGAGCCAGAGGAGGGCGACAACGAUGCAGCGCGGACUACGCCGCCUCCCCGGCGCCCUCCGGAGCCGGGCUCCGAGGAGGAGGACGGCGAUGUGGCGGCUCAUUGAAGGUUUUUGAGCUGAGCAGAGUUUUAAAAAGGAGGACCCUUUGCGGCAGCCUUUUCCCCUGCCUCUUCUCCCUCUCUCCUCGUUCACUUUCUGGGCUCCACCUGGGAUUCCAGAGCCCUUUGGAAAACGGAGAGGUGGUGAAAUAUGCAGUUGGCUGUGGACUGGGGAGUGGAGGGGGACAGGUAGCAGGUAGGAGCACCCGAGCUGGAAGCUGGCAUUUCCUUCUGUCCCCUUUUUGUCUUCCUUUCCACGGUGGGACAUACUGGACUUAAUUCCUGCGGGGUCUGGAUCCAAAAUUGAGCCAUGUGCAAAUAAGGUUGGGGAAAGUUUAAAUGUCUACCAUUGCCUUCUCUAGCUAUGCUCUGCCCUUGAGCUCUGAGGAUUCCUGUAAGAAGGCCAGAGGGGGUUGGGGAGGCCCCACCUGGGGCCUGAGGGCUCUUUAUCUUCUUCCCCUGCUGAGCUGGGCCUGGAAGCAGGAAGGCUGGUGUGAUUUAUUUGUUAGGAUUCCUGGGACUCAGGGCUGGUGAAACCAUGACCAGGUCUGGGAGCAGCAGACCAAAACCAAGCAUCCCCUUAUUAAGUGUAACAAAUAGUUGAGCAAACUCUGGCAACAAACAAAGACAUUACUACCUCCCUCCUCUCUGUCCCUAGUAAUUCCUCUUCAGGAGCUGGCUCUUAGGGGAGUCUGCUCCCUCUGCCCCUUCCAGGUUUCAAGUAAAUCACUGGCAAAGGCCAGCCGGGGAAGGAUUCAAUUAAGGUCCAGUGCCACCUCCUUUGUUUUUGUGCCUGCUCUUGCAGGCGGUUAGAGCUGUGUCAUUUGUUAUCAAAGGAGGGGAAAGCCCUGUGUCUCCAAUCUAAUUAAACUGCAUGGCUGUGUUCAUCAGCGAGUCUGCACAUGGGGUCGGCCAGUGCCACCCCAUGCACCCCCUAGGGAAACAGCCAAGUAGUGCCACUGAGCCCAGGAUUCAUCUCUCUUUGCUCUCCCAUUGUGAUUCGGGAAAGUAACCAAUCCUUUUAUGAACAAGGCUGUGUUGCAGAUUCCUUUAAAUUUUUAAUUUUUUCCUCCCUUUUCUGGACCAUCUCCCUGUCCCUCAUUUCUGGCCGUAAAAUCUGGGGCUUGAGCCAUGCUUCAGUGGGUAGCUCCUUAUUUUGCUAGCCACACUUGCAUUUAAUUCAAGGUGUAAAGUCUUGGUCUAGUGGGUGGUCUCCUUGCUGCUUGGGACACUCCUUCAGAGGAGAUCCCUGGGGCUGUUUGUUGUGGCCAGCCCAGAGCUUUGUUUGGAGUCUUUAGACUGCUCCUGUGGGUGUGCCUUUGAUUGCAGAGUGCGGCCCUGCUGCCCCUGUUACCAGUGCGCUCUCAAAACCUGGGUAAAGGUUUUUGGUUUCGGAUAUUUUUUUUUCUUUGUCCAUUUGGGGAGUUAUUGUAAACUACACUGACAAUUCAUUUUGUGACCUAAUUUUUAUGGUUGAAAUUGAAUUGUAUUUGAGCAGUCUACAACCACUGUCAUCCUUGGGCUUCCUGGUUGGAGAUUUCUGAAGCAAAGCAACAAAACUUGAAAGAUUUCCUUUAAGACAUGGAAGUUGUGGCCCUAAGUUUUACAAGUUCAGAUCUUUGUAGCUCAUCGCUCAGCAUGGAGCCCCUUUCUGAGCAGGCGUUCAGCUUCGGCCCUGAUGUAGGUAGUGCUGUCACACAGGUGCUGUCCCUUUGAUUAAAAGGAUGAGCCACUUUCCAGCCCUAGUCUGGGACUUGGAUGAAAAUUGAUAUCCUGUUGGGGAAAGUAGAUCUCGUUUCCGUAUUUCAUAGCCUCCCCGCUCUAUGACUGUAUUCUCUUACCCAUGAAAAGGCAGGACAAGAUAAACAUGGGUAGAGACUUUUAGGACGUGGGACCCAAACAGGUUAGGAAAGGUGGAAGGUGUUGAGCUCUCUUCAAAGUAAGAAAGAAGAUAGUGGUACUGCGGCUGGCAAGCUCCAUUUUUUUUCUUUUUCUAGCUCCUGCAUCCCUGUAUAUUUCCUGUGCGCCCCCCAACUGUGGAUGCUGAGUGACUUUGUGUUAUUACAGAUGAGGUGGCUUGGGGGACUGGACUCCAAGGAAGAGCUAUAAGAUCCACCCAAACAGUAGCGUUUUCUCUCUAGAGAAGGUUUUUGAUAACAGGGCUUAAAAAUGAACUAGCUCUGUCCCAGGUGCCCGGUGUGGUACACAGUGGCAGUGUUUGUCCCAGGUACCAAGAGAUGAGGGCUCCACAAGACACAGGGACAGGACGAGUUCUUGGGUAUCUGACGCUUCAACAAAGAACUGGAAAGGGCUCCAGGAAAGGGGAAUCCAACAGUUCUUGGUUCUUUCCUAAAGAUGGCAACAUCAUGGAGAAAUAAUUUUUUUUUUAAAUGCUCUGGCAAUGGUUACAUCUAGCACUUUAGGAAAAAAAUAAGAAUAAGUAUAUUUAAUAAUUUUUGUCUCACCUUAGGAAUAAGACUUUAGAACAAUUUUGUACUGUGAAUUACAGAUGCUCUUUGAAGGAAAGAAAUAUCGAUUCCAACAUUCUUCAGAAGCUGUGGCCAGGGGUAAGCAGGAUAGCGACUGGAAUAUAUGCUAAAGAAAACCAGACAAAUUCUAUUUUCUUACUGAGCAAAUAUUUUAUUGAAACUGCUUAUGUAUUUCAGAGGAGUCCACAACUUCAGCUACACAAUUUUUUGUACGGAAAGAACUCAUACUUUUUUGUAGCUUUUAUUCUUCGUUUAAUUUAGAGUGACUUUUAACACUAAAUGCCUCUCAGAGUACUUAAUUCCACACUUUAAAAAAAGUUUUAGUUUUUUGAAAGACGACCAUUCAGUGGUUAACCUUCUGUGUUUGGUGCUUGGACCCUGCUAGCACCGUUGGACAACACCACGACUACUUGGAAACAUAUUUUUUGGAAGCAAAACUUUAAUUUUUUAUGACAUAUGCUAUGGAGAGCUAAGAAAAUUUAAGGACUACUUGUUUUCUAUUUUUUUUUUUUUCCAUAAAUGGGGUCCACUGUGUUGAAGACUCUUGAUAAUUGUGUGCUUGUCUAACCAUUUUUUUAUAGAGUGCAGUCUAGUGUGACCAUGGUCAUCGAAUAAAUUUGGAAAGUUAGAUUUCAUUUGUGAGUUUAAAAAAAAAUUCAGAAUAAGUAUAAACUUGACUGGUUUAUUCAGUUUUUCAUUAUAUUUUGUUGUUAGCUAUAAUACUCAUGACCCAUGGAAAAUUAACUUGCAGGAUAGAGUGCAUUUUAUUUCCCAAUGAGUUGUAUAAACUGUAUUUUUCUUGAAGGUUGUAUGUUAAAUCAGAGUUAUGUUCUAAUACUUCUUGAGAAGGAAGUUCCAAUUUGAAAUUGUAUCAUUUCCUUCAAAAUGAAGGGCAGUGCUUAGUUAAAUAAAAGAUUGAUGAUAUCUUUUAAACCA